GUCUGUCACGGAGUGUCCAAUAUGAUCAAUGUGUGUGUUUGUAUGUGUAAUGUGUGUGUUUGAAUGUGUGUUUUGAAGGUUUUCGUGUGAGCCGUCGUCAUGGUCACGCUCGCACGAACGGCGCUACUUUGUUGCCUGCUGUUGUCGGCCAUCUUGGCGGUGGUUGUCUUCCUCAGCUCUGAGUGGCUCCCUCAAGGUGGCGUUGGAGACUGUGGCCCAGCACACUUCCCAUGCUUGGCAUAUAGUAAAACGCCUCAGCCUCCAUUGGUGGAGCCCGACGAGGCCCUGCCCACAAUCAAGGAGUGUCCCGGCCAAUUGUUUCAGGCAUCACAUCUGCUGCGCUUUUUGGCAUCUAGCGUCUCGGUUGCCGACGAUGUCCUCCUGGAACCGUACCUGCGAAGCUGGGACCAGCUGAUUAUCUUCAUGGAGUCUCUCGGACCGGUGGUCUCAUUCUUCUCUCAGAAGGUCAACGAGAAGAUGGACCUGAUUCGACAACUGGCUCACACACAUGGGCUGAAGGGAGGGGCAUACCGUUCAGUAAGCUCUAUGGUGGAGGCGGAGCUACAAGCGGGCUUGGUGAAUUUUUCCCGCCGAACCGAUUCGGGCUGCAGGACGCUGCUGCGUUUGCAUCGCUCGCUACUGUGGCUCACCAUGACGCUGGACGGCCUGACGCACGUGCCCGACCAGCACGGACACCUAAAGACGCCAGGCGAGCUCGGCAGGGACGCCUACCAGGUAGCGCUAGCACCCCACCACUCGUGGAUGCUCCGGCAGGCCGCAGAGCUGGUCUUCCUCGCCCUCCCGGACCGGGAGUACUUUCUGAAGCUGGUAUGCGCCCAGAAUCAACGUGAGGCGGAGCCCGUCCUCCGCGUCAUUAUCCGCGCUCUCCAGAAGGUCCACACUGCGACCCAGCGCAUUCUGGAGCAGCACGCCAUGCUGGACCUGCCCUGAAGGUGGCCUUCCCGUAUUACGAAAAGGACUAAAUGCUGCCCGGCAUGGAUGAAGAAAGUCAU